AUGGGUCCCAGGGAACACGCCCUGUGUGCACGGCUGUCCGAUGGAGCCUGCGAAGCCCUGGCACUGAGGGGUUCAGCUGCUGCCCGCUGUCCCAUGCCCUGCGUCUGCAACAACCUCCACGCUCACGUCCUCUGCCUCAACGGGAACCUGACAGACAUCCCUGGCACCAUCCCGCAGCUCACCAAAAAACUGGACCUUUGGGGCAACAGCUUCACGGUCAUCCCGGCGGGAGCGUUCCUCGCCACCCCGUACCUCACGCACUUGGACCUGCAGCGCUGCAACGUGGAGAGGCUGGAGGAAGGGGCUUUCUGGGGGCUGGGGAGGCUGGUUUACCUGAACCUGGCCUCCAACGGCAUAGCCCUCCUCUACCAGGAGUCCCUGGACGGGCUGUCCUCCCUCCAGCAGCUCAUCCUGAAGGGGAACCGAAUCGAGGAGAUCCAGCUGGGUGCUUUUGGCCAUCUGGGUUCCCUCACUGUCCUUGACCUGAGGGCAAAUGCUUUGGUCUAUCUCCCAGACAUGGUCUUCCAGGGUCUCCAGGUCCUCAGGUGGCUCCGGCUGUCCCACAAUGCCCUCCAUGUGCUGGGCAGUGAGGCCUUCACCGCCCUGCCCGCCCUGCGCAGGCUGAGCCUGGACCACAACGAGCUGCAGACGCUGCCCGGCGAGGCCCUGGCCAGGCUGGACGGAGCUACCCGGCUGGACCUGGGCCACAAUCCCAUCACCUACGUGCCCGAGGAGGCCCUGGCCAUGGCCUCCCUGAAGCACCUCUUCCUGGACCACGCCGCCCUCCAGGACGUGGCGCCCGACGCCUUUGCCCGCAGCCCCCAGCUGCGCACGCUGGACCUCCGUGAAAACCAGCUGCAGGGGCACAACAGCAUGGGGGAGCUGGCGGAGGGCGACCUGGCUGGGGCAGGGGGGCUGCGCUGGCUCUACCUCGCUGGGAACACCAUCGGGCGCAUCGCCCCUGCCGCCCUGGCUCCCGCCAAGAUGCUGGAGAAGCAGAACUUGGAGGGAAACCUCCUGACAGAGGUGCCCACGGCCUCUCUGCGGGGCCUGCCCGCUCUGAGCGAGCUGAAGCUGUCCCGAAACCCCAUCAAGCGCCUGAGGGACAGCGCUUUCCUGCCGGUGGCCUCCAGCCUGCAGCACCUCUACCUGGACAACAUGGGCCUACAGCAGAUUUCCCCCAGUGCCUUCGCCGGUCUCGGUCCCAAGAUCAGAAGCCUCCACCUGGAGAGCAACAAAAUGAGCAAUGUCCCCGACAUGAGCAACUUCACAGGGCUGGAGAUCCUCAACCUGAGGGACGUGCCCUUCCACUGUGACUGCCAGCUCCUUCCCCUGCACAGGUGGAUCGACAAACUCACCCUCUGCAUAGGGGCCCCCUGCGGGUCCCCUGCAGAGGCCCGGGGGCUGAAGGUGAAGCUUUCCACCACUUUCCAAACCUGCGCUGGCUGGGGCCGAGGCAAGGCCGGGGGAGCCAGUCCUGACAAGACCAAGGCCGCAAGCAAGCCCAGCAAGAGAUCGGGAAAAUCACCGGCCAGAGGCUUCCAGAAGAGCAGAGGGUAG